AUGGAGGCUGCCGGGGAGAGCCGUGCCCUUGCCCCCGCUCCAAGGGUCCUGUCCCCGCGCUGGCAAAGUGAAAACCGGAGCCUCCCCUCGCAGGCUGCGCCGCUGCUCUCCGGUGCUGUGCGAUGGAUCCACGCCAGCCUGACAGCCGGCUGCCUCUUGGGAAUGCAUAAGGUAGUGGCAGGGGAACUGCUCGGGGGCUUGUCUGGCCCCCGGGUGAUGGGUUUUACCUCCUGCCCAUGGGGGGAGGAGACGCCGUUUGGUGGCAGAGGCAGGCACUGCAGCGACGUGGCCUCUUACGGCUAUGAGCGGGUGGAUCAGCGAACCUGCCUGAUCUGCGGGGACAGAGCUACGGGGCUGCACUAUGGGAUCAUCUCCUGCGAGGGCUGCAAGGGGUUCUUCAAAAGGAGCAUCUGCAACAAGCGGGUUUACAGAUGCAGUCGAGACAAGAACUGCGUCAUGUCACGCAAACAGCGCAACAGAUGCCAGUACUGCCGGCUGCUCAAAUGCCUCCAGAUGGGGAUGAACCGAAAAGCGGUGCGUGCCGACCGGAUGCGCGGAGGGAGGAACAAGUUUGGACCCAUGUACAAGCGGGACCGUGCCUUAAAGCAGCAGAAGAAAGCUCUGAUCCGUGCCAACGGCUUCAAGCUGGAGACCGUGCCUCAGAUCAUGUCCCCGGUGCAGAACGACUACAGCCUGUCCUCCACCAUCCACAGCAUCCACGCCAUGUCCAAGACCUUGCCACCCAACCCUGCCGCCCUGACGCCUGUCGACUAUGAGCGCAGCCCCUACGGGACGCCAUCCCUGGGAAUGACUGUGCCCAGCCACGCGCCGCUCACCAGCUACCACUACCCCUCCUUCCCCAACCGCACCAUCAAGUCCGAGUACCCGGACCACUACACAAACGCCCACGAGUCCGUGCCCGCCUACGUGUACCCAGAGACCUACCCCAGCAGCUCCCCCCCCGACAUCCCCGAGGUCAUCCUGAAGCUGCUGCAGCUGGAGCCCGAUGAGGCCCAGGUGAAGGCGCGGAUACUGGCCUGCCUGCAGCAAGAGCAAGGCAAAGGCCGGCACGAGAAGCUCAGCACCUUUGGCCUCAUGUGCAAGAUGGCCGACCAGACCCUCCUAUCCAUCGUGGAGUGGGCACGGAGCUGCAUCUUCUUCAAGGAGCUGGAGGUGGGCGACCAGAUGAAGCUGCUGCAGAACUGCUGGAGCGAGCUGCUGGUGUUUGACCAUGUCUACCGGCAGCUGCAGCAUGGCAAGGAGCACAGCAUGCUGCUCGUCACCGGCCAGGAGGUGGACAUGUCGACCAUCGCAGCCCAGGCCGGCUCCAUCCUGAACACGCUGGUGCUGCGGGCGCAGGAGCUCGUCUUGCACUUGCACUCGCUCCAGGUGGACCGGCAGGAGUUUGUCUGCCUCAAGUUCCUCAUCCUCUUCAGCCUUGAUGUGAAGUAUCUGGAGAACCACACACUGGCUAAGGACGCUCAGGAGAAGGCCAACGCGGCGCUGCUGGAGUACACCGUCUGCCACUACCCCCACUCCACGGACAAGUUUCGCCAGCUGCUGCUGCGGCUGGCGGAGGUCCGGGCGCUGAGCAUGCAGGCGGAGGAAUACCUCUACCACAAGCACCUGAGCGGGGAGGUGCCCUGCAACAACCUCCUCAUCGAGAUGCUGCACGCCAAGCGGACUUGA